AUGGAAAUCAAAGACACUGAUGAUGGCGUGAAAACAGAGUCUCACGAAGAGGAAGAGUCGAUGGAGCUGAUCGAAGAAGAUGAGGACGAGUUAUUCAGAGAAGAAGAAGAAGAUGACGACACGCCGUUGUUUAAAAUAGUCGAUGAAUACACAUCUGGCGCGGUCACUAUUGACGAGCUCGCCGAGACAUAUGAGCGCGACGUAAAAUCGAUUUUCGAGCUGCUUUCUGGGGCUAAUCUUCCUGAGGACUACUCCACGAGAAAAGAGGGCAACUGCAAGGUGUUCCCUCUUGAGAAGCAGCGCAUUCUCGUCUUUCAAGUUUUGAAAUGUUGGUUCGACGGGGAAACGGCGCAUCGCUAUUUGGAUACGAAGAUGAUAUUGGCCCGGGCUGUGGAGAUACGCGAUGCACUCAAGCUUCGCCUUCUUCCGAUCUCGGAAGGGACAAUCCGUGGUUUUCUCGACGUCUACAACAUUCGUCUCUCGGAGCAGACAAAGUUGCCGGACAAAUCAGCGGGCAAACAUGUCCUCGAAUCCGCCGUAAUCGAGUGGUACAAGGUCGAGUCCGAGAAACGCGUCAUCUCCAGUCAAAACAUCAUGGACAAAGCCUACGAAAUAAUCGAAGAAAAGGGCCUCAAUUACACCGUGACGAAAUCGCUGCUAUCUACGCUUUCCAAGAAGCACGGUAUCAAGCUUUCGGAGCAGCCAAGGUUGAAUAAUUACGCCUCUGUGAAAGAUAAGGUGGCCGAGUGGUACCGCACCGCCUCCAAAACGAAGCUCAUCUCACACCAGAGAAUCGUCGAAAAAGCGAGAGAAGUGGCGAAAGAACUCGGCGUUGACAGAAGUUUCAACAAGUACUGGGCGGCUAACUUUUGCAAAUCGUACGGCUUCGAGUUCAACGACCAGAGCAUGGCGGUGAAAGGAAAAGAAUUGCGCUCGAAGCUCAAGGAAUGGUACGAAGAGACAUCAAUGACAGAAGUUGUCACCUACAAUACUUUGAUGGAUGCAGCGAAAAUGAUAAACAAAGAGCUGGAAGCCGAGGUCGAUAUUACAAAAGGCUGGGUGAGCAGUUUCGUCAAGAUCAACGAUAUUCGCCUCUCAGAGCAAGACUCACUCAAGAGUGUGCCGAAAGUCUACGAGAGAUUAAACGAUUGGUACGAAAUUGAAUCGCAAUUCCGUGAACUUGGAGCGAAAGAGAUCCAAGAGCGAGUUCUCUUCCUUGCCGACAAGUAUGGCCUCGCGAGAGAUCGAGUUCACGAUCACUUUGUCGCCGGCUGGCAGCGCAAAUUCAACAUUAAUCUUCUCCAGUCUCCUGCUAAAAUAAAUCGAAUCAGAGAGCGCGACGCAUUUGAUGUCGAAAUCGAAGAGUGGUUCAAUAAAGAAAUUAUUCAUCGUAUGGUAUCUACCGCGGAAGUCAAGAAGUUCGGCGAGCAGCUGAUUGCUGAGGGAAAGUAUCAGGACAGUUUGGUCAAGGAUAAAUUCUGGCAUGAGCAACUGUUCAAAAGACGAGGUAUCUCCAUCGCGUCACAGCCGCAUUACACGCGCAAAACGCCGUCAAAGCGAAAGGCAGAGCCCAUGUCACCCAAAAAGGAAAUCGAUAAUAGCGGCUACUCAAACUCACCACCCAAGUUGGAUGCGAUCGCCACUGUAACUGACUAUAAUGACGAGCCGGAGGAUCUUUCAAUGCCAAAGACAAAGAUUCAAAAGUUGCUCAAAGAAGAGAGUAUUCAUUCCUCGUCGUCGCCGUUUUCAAUGUCGCCAAGCUCUUCCCCUUCCGUCACUUCACGAGUUUCCACGCCGCCCAUGUCCGGCAAUCCGCCAUGGAUGGACGAAGUCUGGGAAUGGUACUCGACGGAGACGAAGAAGCGAAUUCUCGUCCGCUCCGAUGUCCACAACAAAGGAGUCAGCCUCAACAUUGGCACCGAAAUUUCCAAGUCUUGGGUCAAGAACUGGUGUCGAAAGUACAAGGUGAAUUUCUUGGACCAGCAAGUCUUCCAGGACAUCGCGAUUAUCGAACAGAAAGCGCUCGAUUGGCUUCUCAAGAGCGAAAGACCAACUCUCGGGCGCGACGAUGGAACGGGAAUUGAAGAUAUCUUGCGAAAGGGAGCAGCAGAGCGUGGCAUCUCCGACGAUUUUAUUACCAAAAAGUACUUGGAGCGGUUGAUCAAGCGAAAGAGCGUUACCAAACCUAAAGCCUUCAUGCAGAAGAAGUUCGGCACGAUGACGCCCGAGGAUGAGGAUGAAUCGGCAUCCUUUAGCAACUUCUUCUCGCAGAACUUCACUAGUUCGGGUUUUACAGAUAUCACCGAAACGGUCGAGCACAAGCCCGCAGAGAUCACACCUGUCAAAGAAAAUGUCAAAUUGGAAAAGGAAGAAAAUGGAAUGGAUCAGCAGUCGAUGUUCGUGAUGCCAAUGGACGUCGACGAAGUAAAUGAACUUGAGUCUGACAAGAAAGAAGGGUCUACUUCGAAGGAUUCGGAACUAAGUCCUACUAUACUGAAAGAUGUAUUGGAAACUGUAAAGAGCUCAGGUGUCAACCUAACCGAGGAGCAAUUGCUGAAUUUCAUUCGAAACGGAGGACUACAAACUGAAGUUAAUUAA